UCAACAUCGUCGGCGAGUCGUUCGCAAUCGUGGUGCUGGCGCGCGUGUUUCUUCCCAACCCCAUACAGAGGCAAGGCGAUGUGUAUCUUUUCUCCAGUGCCACUCCACCACCACCUCCAGCAGCAGCGCGAUCGUCUACAGCAACAACAGUGCAAUUAGCUCGCAGUGUAUCACUAACAAAUCCCCGAACGCGGCGGACACACAUAGAGAUAGCGAGUAGAAGCGGCCCAGGGACUGGGAUCCGAUAGGGCGGCCAAAUGAUGAAGCCGCGGCGCGCGGGCGCCUCUCGGGGCUAUGAGGAAAUGGAUGGUUCUAAUGUGCCCGGCUAUGGGACCGGCGUUGCCCGGAACGGUGCCACCGGAGCGUCGUCGAUCGGAAGCACCGGCAGUGGCACCGAUUCGACAAGCCCGAUCAAUGGAAAUGGAGCUGCACCGCCCGAAUUUGAGCUGGCCUCGGUUAGCGUGGUGCCGGAUGACACGUUUACGGUUACGCAGGCGGUCAAUGCGCUCGGUUUCGGGUGGUUCCAGGUGAAGCUGUCGCUGUGCGUUGGGUUGUGUUGGAUGGCCGACUCGAUGGAGAUGACUAUUUUGAGCGUGCUGGGGCCGGCGUUGCAUUGUGAUUGGAACAUUACGAGGUAUCAGCAGGCGCUAGUGACGACGGUGGUUUUCCUGGGGAUGAUGCUGAGUUCGACGUUUUGGGGGCAUUUGAGUGACCGGUACGGAAGGAAGCCGGCACUAACCCUAUGUGGUGUAUUACUUUUCCUGUACGGGCUAUUGAGCUCCGUCGCUCCUAGUUUUGGAUGGCUGUUGUUACUCCGAGGUUUAGUGGGAUUUGCCAUUGGAUGUGUGCCGCAAUCCGUCACUCUUUAUGCUGAAUUUCUUCCAACGAAGCAACGAGCCAAAUGUGUCGUUCUUUUGGACUGCUUCUGGGCUCUGGGAGCCUGCUUCGAAGUAGCCCUCGCUUUGGCCGUUGGACCGAACCUGGGAUGGCGUUGGCUUCUGGGUCUUUCGGCAGCCCCAUUAUUUGCAUUUGCUGUGAUAACUCCGUGGUUGCCAGAAUCGGCUCGUUACCACGUCACCAGCGGUCAAAGUGACAAAGCGUUGAGCACGCUGGAGCAGAUUGCCAAAGACAACAAACGGCCGAUGCUGCUUGGUCGGCUGGUCGUGGAAGGACCCAGCGGAUCCCGUGGCAGCGUGAAAGCCUUACUGGGGAGCUCCCUGCGGCGGACCACUCUCCUGCUGUGGUUUAUCUGGAUGUCGUGCGCUUUCUGCUACUAUGGAUUGGUUCUAAUGUCUACGGAACUAUUUGGUGGAAAGAACAAAACGGUUGUACCCGAGACGGAUAACGACUGUCACCCGUUGGCAACUACGGAUUAUAUGGAUCUGCUGUGGACGACACUGGCCGAAUUUCCGGGAAUUUUCGCAACGAUUUACGUAAUCGAGAGAUUUGGUCGGAAGAAAACGAUGGCCUUGCAGUUUUUGUUCUACGCCGGAUGCGUUCUAUUAAUAACCGUUACCAAUGUGCGCGUAUUCCUGACUAUCAUUCUGUUCAUGGCCCGCGGUGUCAUCGCGGGUCUCUUCCAAGCAGCCUACGUUUACACGCCGGAGGUUUACCCCACGGCACUGCGUUCGGUCGGAGUAGGCGGCUGUUCGGCACUAGCGAGACUGGGAGCUAUGGCAACGCCUUAUGUGGCGCAGGUUUUGUUCCAGUCGUCGAUUUGGAGUGCCGUGUCGGUGUACGGAUUCUUUGCAGUGUGCGCCAGUGUUGCCUGCAUGCUGCUUCCGUACGAAACUCGAGGGACUGACAUGGGCCAGUGAUUUUACACCAGACGCGUAUUAUGAGUAUAGUAGAGAAGGCAGCAAUAAUCCAGUAUAGGGUUGCCAACAGGGGUAUUCAAACUUUGUUCAAUAUUUUAUAGCAUAUCUUCAGUCGAAAAUUAUCGGAAAUGGUUCAAUAAGUAGUGCUAUAAUUGUAGAACUUAUUUUUUCCAAAUUUUAUUGCCAAAAACAACUAACUUUUUUUUCCUAUAAUGAACAAAACCAAUCUGCUAUAUGGGCAACCCUGAUCUGACUCCAAGAUACCUCGUCUUCUCAAUAAUAAUAACGUACAGAAGAAAUUGUUAUUGCUUAAGUGCGUCAUAAAAGUGUUUACUUUCUUGGCAGAAGAUAUUUUUUGAAUUUGUUUAGAUUUUAGUAAAUGUUUGAAGUGUGUAUAUAAACAACUAUUUAUUUAUAUUAAAUACUAAACCGAUAUUAUUUAUAGACAAGUAAUUCGAAUAAAAUGUAUUAUCCUUCGUGUUAUACACUGUG